ACAAUUUCUCUGUAUAUUUAUAUACUGAUACCUAUAUCACACACACAGAUUCACACAGGCAUUUCCUUUCUCUUAUUCUUCUAAUAUAGGAAGUUUGGUUGGAUUUAUAUUUACAGUUCAGCAUUGCCAUGACUUUGCACAUACUAUUCGCAGUGGCACAUGUAGUAUAACGUGAUCUCUUUCUUAACCUUUCUUUCUUUUUUUUUCGAGACGGAGUUUAGCUCCUGUUGCCCAGGCUGGAAUGCAAUGAUGCCAUCUUGGCCCACAGCAACCUCCGCCUCCCGGGUUCAAGCGAUUCUCCUGCCUCAGCCUCCCGAGUAGCUGGGAUUACAGGCAUGCGCCACCGUGCCUGGCUAAUUUUAUAUUUUUAGUAGAGACAGGGUUUCUCCAUGUUGGUCAGGCUGGUCUCGAACUCCCGCCCUCAGGUGAUCCGCCCACCUCGGACUCCGAAAGUGCUGGGAUUAAAGACGUGAGCCACCGCGCCCGGCCUCUUACCCAACCUUUUUUUCUCACUGAAGUGGUCCUGUUCCCUUAAUUUCUGGCCACUUCUCCUGAGUCCAGCCCUCAUAUUUGGCUCCACCUGGGUCCCAGGCUCUCCCCUCCGCCUUGGGAACUAUACUUUCUGGCUUUUACUGGCUUUUCCCCAUGCCUUUCACCCAACAAAAUUUUGGCACGUUCCAACCGUUUUCAUUACCUAGUCUGACUGCUACCCGUGUUCCGUCAGCGUAGCUAACAGCCCUCUUCUGCGUCCAAAAGGCGCUUCAAGCUAUUUUCUGCUAGAAAUCUGGCUUUGGCCGAGGUGUCCCCUCGGCCGGUUCUCCUUUUCCCUCACAAGGAACUGUUUCCUAACCUUUGUACAAAGUGUAAAGGUCGCGGCCAUCUUAGACUUCUAUUCAGCGCUGAAAGGGAUUUACCUCCACGCCAUUUUUGUCUUGUGUAAACUAGAGUCUUUGUAUGUGGACCCGUAUUUAUGAAGGGUUGAGGUGCCAGGAAAUAGGACAGUUUCAGUGCUCUUUCAUCUUUCCAGCCAUCCCCGGUCACCCCCGGUCACCAGCGCCAAAACGGGCCUUUUGCCUUGUAUACGUCAGAUACUCAAAGAUGGCGGCCCCCAUGGAGCCACGGCGACGAGGGCGCGGCCAUCUUGCAUCUGCGCAGACGCUGGGAACGCCUCCGACCCUGGGUAGUCGCCGUAAGGCACUGAGGAGGCCGAGAGAUGAGGCCAGAGCAGACCAAGUUCUGGGAAGUUCUUUCUGACGCAAGUAAGAUAACAUCUCUGCCAUGAAUACUUUGCACGUAUCAAGAUGUGGAUGGCGGCCGGGUGCAGUGGCUCAUGCCUGUAGUCCCAGCACUUUGGGAGGCUGAGAUGGGUGGAUCACUUGAGGUCAGGAGUUCAAGACCAGCCUGGCCAACAUGGUGAAACCCCAUUUCUACUGAAAGUACAAAAAUUAGCCGCGCAUGGGGCGUGCACCUGUAAUCCUAGCUUCUCAGGCGGCUGAAGCAGGAGAAUCGCUUGAACCCAGGAGAUGGAGGUUGCAGUGAACAGAGAUCACGCCAUUGGAGUCUUACUCAUUCCAGCCUGGGCAACAGACCCACAGGUGCUGAGAAUGAGAGAAAUCAAGUGAAGGAAGGAGGCGGAGUUUCCAAGACUUGGGUGUCAUCAUUUCUGGGGACAUCCUUGAUUGGAGAUUGAAGUUUUUGCACAGAAAUUUAGAGCUGAUUCAGAAGAGACAAAUACAGAACGUCCAAGUUAGCAGUCAUUUCCCAAAUUUAGGAGACAAGGAUGCAGGCCCAGGAAUCCCUAACACUGGAGGAUGUGGCUGUGGACUUCACCUGGGAGGAGUGGCAGUUCCUGAGCCCUGCUCAGAAGGACCUGUACCGGGACGUGAUGUUGGAGAACUACAGCAACCUGGUGGCAGUGGGGUUUCAAGCCAGCAAACAAGAUGCACUCUCCAAAUUGGAACGAGGAGAAGAAACUUGCACAACAGAAGAUGAAAUCUACUCUCGAAUCUGUUUUGAAAUCAGGAAAAUUGAUGAUCCUCUGCAGCAUCACUUGCAAAAUCGAAGUAUUCAGAAGAGUGUGAAACAGUGCCAUGAACAGAAUAUGUUUGGAAAUAUUGUUAAUCAGAACAAAGGUCAUUUCCUGCUGAAGCAAGAUCGUGAUACCUUUGACUUACAUGAAAAACCUUUAAACUCAAAUUUAAGUUUUGAAAACCAGAAAAGGAGCUCUGGCCUAAAGAACUCUGCUGAGUUUAAUGGAGAUGGGAAAUCCCUUUUUCAUGCUAACCAUAAACAAUUUUAUACUGAAAUGAAGUUUCCUGCAAUUGCAAAACCUAUUAAUAAGUCCCAGUUCAUUAAGCAACAGAGAACUCAUAACAUAGAGAAUGCGCAUGUAUGCAGUGAAUGUGGGAAAGCCUUCCUCAAGUUGUCUCAGUUUAUUGAUCAUCAGAGAGUUCACAAUGGAGAAAAACCUCAUGUAUGCAGUAUGUGUGGGAAAGCUUUUUCCAGAAAAUCCAGGCUAAUGGACCAUCAGAGAACUCAUACAGAACUGAAACAUUAUGAAUGCACUGAAUGUGACAAAACCUUCCUCAAGAAAUCGCAGCUCAAUAUACAUCAGAAAACUCAUAUGGGAGAGAAACCUUACACAUGUAGCGAAUGUGGGAAAGCCUUCAUCAAGAAGUGUCGGCUCAUUUAUCAUCAACGAACUCAUACAGGAGAGAAACCCCAUGGAUGCAGUGUAUGUGGGAAGGCCUUCUCUACAAAGUUCAGUCUCACUACACAUCAGAAAACUCACACAGGAGAAAAACCUUAUAUAUGUAGUGAAUGUGGAAAAGGCUUCAUUGAGAAGAGGCGUCUUAUCGCACAUCAUCGAACUCAUACUGGUGAGAAACCCUUUAUAUGCAAUAAAUGUGGGAAAGGCUUCACCUUGAAGAACAGUCUUAUCACACAUCAGCAAACUCAUACAGAAGAGAAAUUAUAUACAUGCAGCGAAUGUGGAAAAGGCUUUUCAAUGAAGCACUGUCUCAUGGUACAUCAACGAACUCAUACUGGAGAGAAACCUUAUAAAUGCAAUGAGUGUGGAAAGGGCUUCGCCUUGAAAAGCCCACUUAUCAGACAUCAGCGAACACAUACUGGAGAGAAACCCUAUGUAUGCACCGAAUGUCGAAAAGGUUUCACCAUGAAGAGUGACCUCAUUGUACAUCAGCGAACUCAUACUGCAGAGAAGCCAUAUAUAUGCAAUGAUUGUGGAAAAGGCUUCACUGUGAAGAGCCGCCUCAUUGUGCAUCAGCGAACUCAUACUGGAGAAAAACCCUAUGUAUGUGGUGAGUGUGGAAAAGGCUUUCCAGCAAAGAUCCGGCUAAUGGGACAUCAACGAACUCAUACAGGAGAGAAACCUUAUAUUUGCAAUGAGUGUGGAAAAGGCUUCACUGAGAAGAGUCAUCUCAAUGUACAUCGGCGCACUCAUACAGGAGAGAAACCCUAUGUAUGCAGUGAAUGUGGCAAAGGCUUAACUGGGAAAAGCAUGCUCAUUGCACAUCAGCGAACUCAUACUGGGGAGAAACCUUAUAUAUGCAAUGAAUGUGGAAAGGGCUUCACCAUGAAGAGUACUCUCAGUAUACAUCAGCAAACUCAUACGGGAGAGAAGCCAUACAAAUGCAAUGAAUGUGAUAAAUCCUUCAGGAAGAAGACAUGCCUCAUACAACAUCAGCGAUUUCACACAGGAAAGACUUCCUUUGCAUGUACUGAAUGUGGAAAAUUCUCUUUGCGCAAAAAUGAUCUUAUUACACAUCAGAGAAUUCACACAGGAGAGAAACCGUACAAAUGCAGUGACUGCGGGAAAGCCUUCACUACAAAAUCAGGGCUCAAUGUUCAUCAAAGAAAACAUACAGGAGAGAGGCCCUAUGGAUGUAGUGAUUGUGGGAAAGCUUUUGCCCACUUGUCUAUCCUUGUUAAACACAAGAGAAUUCACAGGUAGUCAUUUGGGAAAGCCUUUUGCCAGAUGUAGGCCCUUAAGAUACCUGCAAAGAAGAGUAAUUUCAUGAAUGCAGACUAUGUGGUUGUUUAUUUAGUGAUCAAUUACUUCAUGUUUUGUGUCAGAGAAAACAUGUACAAAACAUUUGAGAAAAUAUUUUAGGACAUUAUGUCUAAAAAUUGCAUACUGAGAAAAAUCCUAUGAAUGUGGCAGACUAUGAAAGCCUUUGGUGGGAAGAUAAACCCCCUCAGAAGUGAUCAUAGAUCAUGAAUAAACUACUAAUUCGUGGAAAUGUAAUAAUUAUAGGAAAGUCUUUGCCCAAAAAUAAAACCUCAUUAGAUUGAGAGAGUUCACACUGGAGAAAUACUUUCCUCUGGCAGUGAAUAUGGCAGGGUUUUCAGUAAAAUGUUUUGCCUCAUCAUGUGCUGUGAAAUAAUGCAGAAAAAAACUUAUGAAAACAUUCAAUGUAGAAGACUUUUAGGAAAAUAUCAGAGAAUUUAAUGAAGGAAAGAAGCCUUGGCAAAAUGAUGGAUGAGAGCUUUCUGUCACAAUUCUAACCUUAACAGAUAAUAUGCCUCAUGUGCAUUUGGGAACAGGAUACCUUGAGCCAUAUUCCUAGUUGCCUUGUCACUAAUUUUAUACAUUUUAAAUUGUGACUUCCUCUAAUCACGAACUAAAAUUUAAUAUUGUAUAUAAUACAGGAGUAUUUUAUGCCUGCCUCAUUUUAUAUGAUUAGCUCCUGCAUUUCUUUGGUUCUAAGUUUGUGUUAUUUCAGAAUAACUGAAGUACUUCAGAAUGAAACUGGAUACAGUAUAUUCAAUUCAUAAGUGUAAUUGACCAUACUUGAAUGUGUUUAAGUUUAUAAGUGACAUCAGUUGUUAUGAAAUUAAUAUAAAUAAGAUGUUUUUGUAAGUUUUUAUUUUGAAAUAAGUUUAGAUUCACAAAAUCUUACCAAAAUAUUCCAGAGUUCUUGAAUGCCCUUAACCCAGCUUCUUCCAAAGAUAACACCUUACAUAAGCAUAGUUCAUUACCAAAUACAGGAAAGUGAAAUUGUUACAAUACUGUUAACUACAGAAUUUAUUUGGAAAUCACCAGUUUUAACAUGCACGCAUUUUUGUUUGGUUUUUAUGUGCAGCUUUAAGAAAUCUAAUCACAUAUGUUGAUUCAUGUCACCACCUCCACAGUCAAGAUUCAGAAUGUUGCAUCAAUGCAAACUCCCUCAUGCUACUUUUUUAUAGUCACAGCCUCUCCUCAACCCUAAUCCUUGGCAAUCAGAAAUCUUUUCAUCUUUAGUUUUGUCAUUAGUAGCAUGUUAUAAAAAUGGAAUCAUACAGCAUGUACGCUUUUGGUAUUGGCUAUUUCAACUAAAGCAAAUUAACCUGAAAUCCAUCCAAGUUGUUCUGUGUAUCAUUGUUUUAUUCUUAUUGGUGACUAAUAAUCUGUGAUACGAAUAUACCACUAUUUGUUUAUUCACCCACUGAAGGACAUUAGGGUUGUUCCCAGUUUUUCUUACUGUUACAAAUAAAAAUCUUAUGAACAUUUGUACACACA